GGGGAGCUUUACAGAUAAGAGAAAAGGGGAGAGAUGGGUUCUUGCGUCUGCUUACGUCAGCACUGCUGCUACGGUGGUUUGGGCGGUGCAUUUCAAAGAAGGGGUCUUUCUAGUCUGUUUCGAGAAGGGGUUGUUGCCCCAGGUUUAACGGCGCCGUUUUAUCAGUAUCAUAGGAACCGAAGAAGAGUGGAGGCCUGUGUUUCUACUGGGUUUAAGGAACUAGAGCUGAGGAGCCCGGACCUUGUGGCCUUGGAAUAUGCUGAUCUUAAUCUCACCCACAAUGUUUCCCAGGAACUGGGUCACGUCAGAAUUAGGCAACAUGUGAACCCUCUUAGCUCUUCUUUAUCUGUGCCUGUGGAAGUGCCUGAUUGGAAUCAAGUGUUCAGGGACCCAACAUUGCCGCUCAUGGUGGACAUUGGAAGUGGUAGUGGUAGAUUUCUCAUGUGGCUGGCGAAAAGAAACUUAGUUGUGAGGAAUUAUUUGGGACUGGAAAUAAGGCAGAAACUUGUCAAACGAGCUGAUGUCUGGGUUAAAGAGCUGGGUCUUAGUAACAUACAUUUCAUGUAUGCAAAUGCCACUACUUCAUUUAAUCAACUGGUGUCUACCUACCCUGGACCACUGAUGCUUGUUUCAAUCCUGUGCCCAGAUCCGUAUUUUAAGAGAAAGCAUCACAAGAGACGGGUUGUACAGAAGCCUUUAGUAGAUUCCAUUGUGAAUAAUUUAGCUCCCCGCGGACAGGUGUUUAUACAGUCCGAUGUACUUGACGUCGCACUUGAGAUGAGAAACCAAUUUGAUUCUCUGCCCCAUGUUCUGAAGCACAUAGAUGAAAUCGAAUCCAGCGUGUUGUGUGACAGUGAGGGAUGGUUGUUGAGCAAUCCAAUGGGCAAAAGGACGGAAAGAGAAAUUCAUGCUGAAUUUGAAGGGGCAAAAAUUUACCGGAGAGUAUACCAGAAGCAAGUACAGAAGGCUCUUGGAUGAAGUAAUGCGGAUUCAAGUGAACGGUUUUUGAUAGAGAUUUUUGUAUUGUGAAAUGUGAUCAUCAUUUGUAGAGUUGUUCACAUCAAGUUUUAUGAGGAAGUAGCGUAUAAUCAGACUUUAGUGUGACCCAUCCAUAUCUAGCCUUUUUUUUUUUUUAAAUUACUGUAGCAGUAUUCAAACUCAGAGAAGUACAUCAUAAUCAGACUCAAGUGAGGCACAAGCAUCUUCUGAAAAUAAAAUUCUUGUGAAAUA